GAAGUUGAAAAAUGACAGUGUGUGAAGAGAAGGGAGGAGAGGUCGGAACUGUUAUGUCCGAUAACUGAGCUGUAAAUUAGAAACAUUAAACCCGAAGUACGGACUUGUUUGGGUAAAAAAUAACUUUCAACCGCCAGCUUCCAUUUGGAUUUAGCCGUUAAAGGAUCGUUGCGGCUCGGAGAAACAGGGUAAAAGUAUCAUGGUCACCCUGUUUACUAAGCUGCUCUCCUAGACCCGCCUGAUAUAAACAUACCUCAACAUUCCUGCAAUCCACACAAGCACAGCCACAUUUGACUCUUGGUGUGUUUGUGUGAGUGAUGACAACUUCCCAUCUGAAUGGACAUGUUGCCGGGGAGGGAGGAGGAGGAGCAGAUGAAGAGCUGAGGGGGGGGCAGCAGCACCGGGAAAUGGCUGUUGACUGUCCGGGAGAGCUGGGGAGUCGAACGCUGCCGGUUCGACGCUCUGCACAACUGGAGAGGAUACGACAGCACCAGGAGGAUCUUCGCCGUCGCAGAGAGGAGGAGGGUCGGCAGCUGGACCUGAACGCCUCGCUCAGACUCAGGAAGCUCUCCCAGCAUCCCCACAUUGGCAUCGACAACCCCACAUUCCUGCAAGACUCAUACACACUGCAGCAGCCAGCGCUCUGCAACCAGCACACACAAGCACUGCUGGAGUUGGAUGAGUUGCUGCUCUCACUGAAGCAGGUCCGGGGCUGCCUGUCUGACCAGCAGAGUCAGAAUGACAUAGAGCUGGUUCUUGCACUACUAAACAAGUCUGACUUCCAGUCAGCGUUGAAGAUCCAUAAUGCCGUGGCCACCAGCAUGCACCGACCCUCUCCUCCGUACCCACACACACACCAGGCGCUUCAACUGGCCAUGGAGGCCAAGAGUCUCAUCCAGUCAAGUCAGAACAAAGAGGGACUUGAGCUCCACAGCAUACUGUCCGACACACACAUCCAGUCAUUGCUCCUGGCCCAUGACAGCAUAGCAGAGACAGAAAUGCAGCCUGAGCCACUGCCUGCCCAAGGAGAAACACUGACCCAGUGGGGAGGGGAGACUGUCAAGAUAGUUCGCAUAGAGAAAGCCCAAGACAUACCACUGGGGGCGACUGUUCGUAAUGAAAUGGAAAGUGUGGUGAUCAGUCGUAUCGUUCGAGGUGGAGCAGCUGAACGGAGCGGACUUCUGUCAGAAGGUGAUGAAAUACUGGAGAUAAACGGCAUUGAGAUCAGAGGGAAAGAUGUCAACCAAGUCUUUGAUAUUCUUGCGGACAUGCACGGCCUCCUAACGUUUGUGCUCAUUCCCAGCACUCAAAGCAAACCUCCUCCUGUCAAAGAGUCUGUGAUCCAUGUAAAGGCACAUUUCGACUACGACCCGUCAGACGACCCCUACGUGCCGUGCAGAGAGCUGGGCUUGUCUUUCCAGAAAGGAGAUAUUCUCCACAUUAUCAGUCAGUCAGACCCCAGCUGGUGGCAGGCCUACAGGGAUGGAGAUGAGGAUAACCAGCCAUUAGCUGGAUUGGUACCAGGGAAAAGCUUCCAGCAGCAGAGAGAAGCCAUGAAACAGACCAUAGAAGAAGACAAGGAGCCAGAGAAGUCUGGGAAGCUGUGGUGUGCAAAGAAGAACAAGAGGAAGAGAAAGAAGCUGAUGGGAAACACUCACAGGAUUGAUUACAUUGAUAAUGAGGAGAUUCUCACCUAUGAGGAGAUGGCUCUGUACCACCAGCCGGCCAAUAGGAAGCGGCCGAUUGCUCUGAUUGGUCCAACCAGUUGUGGGCAGGCUGAGCUUCGACAGAGACUGCUCAACAGUCAACCAGAGCGGUUUGCUGGAGCUGUACCCCACACCACGCGCAGCCGGCGAGACGGUGAGCUUGGUGGCCGAGAUUACCACUUUGUGUCUCGUCAGACCUUUGAGGCAGAAUUGGCAGCAGGAAAGCUGAUCGAGUCUGGUGAGUUCGAGAAGAACCUGUACGGGACAAGCACAGACUCAGUGAGGCAGGUCAUCAACACUGGAAAAAUUUGUGUGCUCUGUCUGCAUACACAGGCUCUUAAGGUGCUGAGGAGUUCAGACUUGAAGCCUUACAUCAUCUUCAUAGCGCCGCCCUCCCAGGAAAGACUCCGAGCUUUAUUGGCCAGAGACAACAAGAACCCCAAGCCCGAAGAGCUGCGGGACAUCAUCGAGAAAGCCCGGGAGAUGGAGCAGAGCUGCGGUCACCUGUUUGAUGCGGUCAUCGUCAACACAGACCAAGACAAAGCCUACAACGAGCUAUUACGACUCAUCAACAAACUGGACACUGAGCCGCAGUGGGUGCCCUGCUCCUGGCUGCGCUGAACACACACACACACACACUACACAUUCACACACAACUGUCUUAGAGUGACGGUGGAGUACACAAUCUUAUUAUAGAGAUUUAACAAACUGGAAGCCGAAAUGCUGUGUGAGAGUAUUAGUUUCAUUAGGGCCACUGUUAGGAGAAAACAAAUCUGACAUUUUUAACAAUUUUAUGAGAAAAAUACAUUUUUUGUCUCAUUAUUUUAUAAUAAAAUGUGAGGAGAUAAAUUGAUACUUUUUGAACAACCAUACUAUUACAAGUUAAUUUAAUUUAAUUAGGAAAAGUCAUGGUAUUAUUAGAUACAUUUGUAACAUUAAAAGAAAAAUGUUGCAAAAGAAAAUCCAUAAUCUGACCAAACCAAGCUGUAAUUUUACCUGAAAAAUUCCUACAAAAGUGCGAUUAAAGUUCACUAGAAAAAAAGUCCUAAAAUUUAAAGAAUAAAGUUAUAAUAUUAUUAUCUGGAGGAAACUAAGUCCCAACUGUGCUCCAACACUACCUUUAAACAUAUCCAGUUUUGUGACUUAUGCAUCAUAACUUGUUUAAAUUAGUUUCAGCAGCCCAUCAUGCUCUAGUUAUAACAUGACAAAACAUUUUGUUAUCAAGCCUUUUGUCAUAACACAUUUUUUUUUGUUUAGAAAAAAAAUACUUUUUCCCUCUUUAUCAUAAAAUAUUACAACUUUAUUCAUGCCAUUUAAUGACUUUUCUUUUACAGUUGUGGCUUUAAUUAUUAACUUAUUUCUACAACUUUUAACAUAACAUUCAACAUUGUUUUCCUUUUCUCGUAAAAACUUACAUUAUUUCUGUAAAGGGGUUUUUCCCCCAUUAAAUGUAUUGUUGAGUUUUUUUGUAAUAACAGCUUACUUCCCACAUCAUUAUGACUUUUUAAAUUGUCAGAUUUGGUAUUUUCCUGACAUUGACCCUAAUGCUCUCUUAUAGUGCAGAAGAGUAGACACUCAGUACACAAACAUCAUCUUUUGGACCUGUUGGCACUGGUAAAUAUAAAUACAUGCAUUUUAAAAUGUGUGUUAACUUUCCUUAAAAGGGCAGUUUGUGUUUUUUGAAGUGGGGUAGUAUGACAACUUUGAAAAACCUGAACUAUCCUUUUAAAAAGAGGGAACCCUUUAUCUUGGGUGGUGCCUGGGUGGUGCCUGACUCCGUAUUGUUUGUAUGACACUGGUCUCGUUGCUAACAUCACAAAUCUUAGUGAGACCAAAAUAAGGACCUUAAAAAACCUAUUUAAAACUUUUUUUCUUUCUGUUUUAAGAGUUGUUCUUCAGAAAUGUGGGGACUCAUUUAUGAUGCAUCCUUUGCCUUUUGCCUGUGAUCAUUUCAACCAUUAUUAUGAUUAAAAAAUAUAUAAAUU